AUGAUCAGUAAACUUGCCAAACAAAAUAAUUUCAAUCAGAAUCUAAAGCAUUUGUGUGAUUAAUAUUUUUAUGUAAUUUCUAGUGAUGAGAAAUUAAAAUUAGAAAUUAAAACAUAAAAAAAUUCUAUUUCGGAAGAAAUUGUUAGAAUUUUAAAUGAGCAAGAUUCAUGUGCUGUUUAUAUUUCUCUGCUAUAGAAAGAAAACCAAAUAGUUAAAGUUUCAUAGAAUUUUGAAAAGGUAUUCAUAAAUUAUAGCAACUCUUCAAUCAUAGGAAAGACUCUUAACUUUAUCCUUCCAAAGAGAUUUUAAGAUCCUCAUUAAAAUAUGCUUAAAGGUUACAGCGAAAGAACUUCAUUUACUAAAAAUUUGAAAAAACAUCCUAUGCAAUUAGGAGUUGAUUCAGAAGGUUAUGCUAUUCCUUAUCAACUAAAAUUGUAAAACCAUUAAAUAGGAAAUGAUGACAUAGGCCUUUGCGGAUAAAUUAAAAAAUUGAAUAGCAAUAAUAGAUACUAUAUGAGCCUUUUUUAUAAUGAAGAAAUCAAAAAUUACGAAAUUUUAACAGUUUCCUAAAAUUUUUACUCUGCUAUUUUUAGUAAAGGUCAUUUUAGCAACUAAGAAUUGAAUAAAAUUAACCCAGUCAGCAUAAUGCCUAUAUUAUAAUUUUACUUAAAAUCUCAAGAAAGUUACUUAAGCUACGAAAGUAUUGUUGUAGAAUCAGUAAAUGAAAUUUAUAAAAAACAAAAUAGAAACAUCUCAUUUUUUGAAAAUAGAGAUUUAGAUAAGAAAUAAAUUUUUUUUGGAGUAAUAAAUCAAUAUAGAUAUCAAAAUAAAUAUGUAUGCAUGAUCUAAAUUGAAAUUGAAAAUAUGCAAUUAAUCUUGAGUAGCUAGCUUAAAUAAGAAGUAUUGGAAGCGUUCUAGAAAGAAUUUGAAUAGCUUGAAGAUGCUAUACAGGAGCAAUCUAGCACUAGUUUAGAUGAAAUUUAUAAAAAUUGUAUUUAGCUAAAAGACAAGCACUUUUCUUAACGAAUUUUUUAGACUAACAAACUCUUACAAGAAAGCUAAUAAGAUUUAAACAAGGGCUUUGCAUAAAUGAACUUUUAAGAAAACUAAAAUAUCAUCUAUAAUAAGUAAUAGCAGGCCAACCAAUUACUAUGUAAGACUAAUUCUCCUUCAAUUUAAGAAUUAAUGGAUUUUGAUUAAUUAGCUAGUCAAAGAAGAGGUCUUAAUAUUGAAUAAAAUAUCAUCUAGAUAACAUCGCCUUAAUUCUCUACUGAUAAAACUUUACAGUUGUUGCAAAGUUAUAAAAAUAAUUUUGAAUAAGAAGGAACACCAUAAAAUUAUACAAGUAGAUAUGAAUUCAAAUUAAAUCCCUAUUACUUAAAAUAAUAAUCAUUAGAACUAAACUAAGAAAAUGAUAGAAUAAAGAAUAUAUAUCAAUAACAGUAUUCAACUUCAAGGGGUAUUUUAAGCGAUAGCAAAUUGGAAAAUAAUUAUAUGUAUAAUUAUAUCUAAGAGAAUCCAACUGAUAUUUCUCCAGAUAAAUUUGCUAUUUCUAACUAAAACUUUACAUAGGUAGCUUAAAUUUAGUUGAAAGCAAUUUAAUAAAAUCAAAAAAGUGGAAAGUAAAACUAAUAAUCUUAAUAAUAAUAAUAACAACAAUAAUAAUUCAAUUUAGAAAAUAUUAAAGAAUAAAGCAAUAUGAACAUUUUCUAGUUAAAAAACAGGAUUAAUACAUAUUUAGGUUUCAAUCUUAUUAAUUUGCUUGGGGAUUUAAGUUCUAACAAAUAAAAUUAUUAUUUGGAAUAGUAAGGUCUUAUAGAAUUGUAUGAUAAUUUUGAUAAAGUGAGGUCGUCCCUAAUAGAUAUAAACUAACUUUCAAAUGACAAACUCACUUCUGAUUUAAAUGAGAAACUUACAUUUUUACUUCUUCAAUUCUAUUCUAUUUCUGUUUAUUUCUACUUCAAGCUGUAAAGUCAGAACAUAUAAGAUAACUCUACUUUUUAAGGUAUUUUAAAUGAUUCUCAAUAUUAAGUGAAAUACUUAGAGUAGUUGUAAUACGUUUCUAUCUCUGCUAAAUUUCAACCAUAAUAAUUCAAUAGAGAUGCUGCAAAUUAUAUUACUAUCAAUUAAAAUACUUAUAAAAGCUAAAACUCCAUAAUUUUAAAUAAACUUUUAGAGUAUCAAAAUUUUUUCAGCAGUUAAUCUACAAAAAAAUAAAAAAUUUAUGAAGAUUAUCUUGUUAAAAUUUUAGAAAGUGAUGCUUGCACUGCCAUAUUUAAAUAUCCUUAAUAUUUAACUGAUGAUUUUCAAAUCAAUUAAUAAGAUUGUAUUGAGCAAAAUAAUGGGAUAUUUUAACAAGGACUUAUAACUGCUAUCAAAAGUAUUUUUGAUAUUGAAAAAUAAAUAAUAAAUAUCAUUUUAAUUAAUCCUAAUUAAGAAGCUUUCUCAUAUUUAAAUUAGUUAUAGUAAGCCUACUAAUUGGAUGAAUUUUUCUAAACAAACUAAUCUAUCUCUUAAAUUUUUGAGCUUCUAAAAAACUUUAUCUUACUUUAAACAAAUUCAAUUUUAAAUGAGGUCUCUAGUAUAUACAUUCUUUUAUUUGCAUUACAAACUAUGAUAAUAGCCUUAGUAAUAUAUUUAGGAUGGUUUAAAUAUUUCAAGUUAAUGUAAAAUUAACUUAUUGAAAGUAAGCGUAUUUUAUUGAUAAUAGAUGAAGAAAUAUUAUUACAAAACAAUAAAAUUGUUCAAUAUUUUAAUAAAAAAUUUUGA